AUGUUAGGACCGCGCAGCAUGACUACGGGGUACACGGACACGGGUGCAGGCACCCCGGCGUACUCCUCAAACUUAGGCUCCGCAGGUCCGGGAGGCUAUGAUGUGGGGUGGAAUGGAGGGGCCGGCAUAGGCAUCGCUGGAGGUGGAGGUGGAGGUGGAGGGGUGGGUGGUAUGAUUGGAAAUGGAGUCGGCGGAGGUGGAGGUGGGGGAAUUGGUGUCGGAGGAGGAGUUUGGGCUGAUGGUGGUAGAGGAGGAUAUGGAGAAGGAGCGGUCUUGCACCACAGGACGUCAGCGAAACGCCUCAUUGACCGGUACGAGCGCCUCUCCACACCUCCGCCCGGAACCCGCUCUGGUGCGAAUGCCCCGCUUAGACGGAAGUCGACGAAGAGCCACCAGUAUGUGUACGACUACCGCACGGAGGCGGGGCAUUCGAACUAUCUCGCCACGCCGGACCGUGGUUCGGACGGCAAAUUUAAACAAAAAUAUGGAUUUGGUGGUGGUGCGGGAGGACCAGGCAGGAAGGAGACGACGAAAGACCGCUCACCGAUUCGCCAGAGCUUGCGGAACUUGUUGUCUGUGUUCAAGAAAGGCGCUGGGGGGCUCUCGAAGAGGAAGUCAGAGGAUAAGGACUUCGCCGGUGCGCCGUAUGUGUAUGGAGCUGUUGGUAGCACCCCACCCGCUCGAAUAGAAGAGGCAGAGGUGGUGGUGGGCGAUGGAGAACAGGCAAAGCCGCCUCCGCGCCCGCGCAAAAAGAUGACAGGAUCGCUGCUCUACCUCACGCGUUCCCUUCCUCCAAACGCCAAUGAAGACCCCAGCCAACUAGAAUGGACCUCCUGCGGCGUCACCCUCGACGCGCACAAGCUCGUCCUCUCCUCCUUCACCGGCAACAUGGACCUGCACGUCCACGAGAUCUCGCUCUCGCGCUGUGCAGACAUUCGGUCGGUUAGCGCGGGCCAGCUGAGUGCGGACGAAGUAAGACUCCUGGAAGAGGCCGGCGCGAAGUUGGAGUGCGAGAAAAGUGGACUGAAGGUCUUCGAGCUGAUUUUCGAGGGACGGCCGAAGGAGAAGUUCGCGGCCAGGUCGGUUAGGGAGCGAGCGGGGUGGAUUAGUGCGAUCUGGGAUGCUAUUCUGCCAGACAAGGACGCGAAGUGUUAUCCGGUUGAGCAGGGGGUUGCUCCUGCGCCAGUGCCCAAAGAAACGGUUCAACCUCAACAACACAAGCCAAUAGAAUCUCCUGUCCCGAGGCAUAUCCCAGAAAUGAGCACUUUACUCGGUUCUUCGCAUUCAGAGCGAUCUCUCCCUGCUCUGCCCAUAGAUCCACCAUCAACCUCAGUAGCUCCUCUUUCAAUCCCAGACAAACCGACGAGAACGAAGCCUCCAAAUCUACACAUCGAUCUCUCUGGAAUAAGCGGGCCAAUUUCUCCAAGCCUGUAUCCACCGUCUUCUCAUGCGUCGACUGCUGGUACCUCUCCUGCAGCCUCGCCCUUAGAAACCCCCAAGAAAAAUCUCCACCUCCAGAUCGAUACUAGCAACAGACUUUUAUCGCCCACCAGUGCUGGCGUACCGUUGCCCUUGUCCGCAAGUACCUACUCAUCUACUUCUCGUCCAGGCUCUCUCUUUCUUUCCUCGCCAACGAGGUCUUCAUGCCCCACCAGCCCGUCCAUUGCUAACCUCAGCCAGCUUUCUGUUGUCCGGCAGCGUCUGGCACAGAUCGAGCGGAAUCAUUCGCAGCUCUCCGCCCAGAGUUCGUUUAGCCCCAGAGUUGCUUCGAGGCCGUCAACACCCAUGACUGUGAGGAGUCCGCCAGUGUCUCCUUCGGCGCGAUCGGCGAGGAAGGAGUACUUCUCGAGUGUGACGACACCAAAGGUCUCGCCGCAGCUACCUUCUCCAGUUGCGCUCAGUCGAGUUGUGAGCAAGGAGCGCGGAGAGUUGCCCGUGCCUGUUACAAGGACGAUGACGAAAAGUAGGACCAGUCAACGACCCAAGUCAGAUGAGAAAGAGGACGAGAGCGUACCACCUAAGCAGACAAAGUACCGAGAGAAGAAAAAGAAAGAGAAGGCGCCGACUGCAGAAGAAGAGAUAAUGGAGCUUUCGAAAGGAUUGUCAGAGAUCAGGAGUGUGCUAGGAGGAGAGUCUGGAUAUCCAACUAUCCACCAGGUCGUCCUUGGUCUUGAUCAUCGAACGCGGGGAGACAAGCAGGCCUUUAAGACCGUUCAAGACAAGUUGGACUUGUUAGGAGAUCGCGUUACCAAUGCCAUCGCUUCAUCGUCGCCUGCUGCCGCUGCGACGGCUGCCUCAAACGUCGGCGUUGAGAGUGGAGCCCAACAAGCUCUCGUCGAAAGCAACCAGAAACUCGUGCGAGCGAUGGAGGAAGUCAAAGCUCGGUUGGCCGUCGACUUUCCUGCUUUGGCGAGUAAGAUAAAAGAGGUCAGAGAGAUACAAAAUGAGGUCAGGAAGUCGGCUAAGGAACGGGAGGGCGUGUACAACAACAUUGGCGCUUCCAGCUCCUCAGACAAAAAUGGUGGUAAAGACGUAGAUAUUCAGCCCGUUCUGGAUAAGCUCGAAGAACUGCGAAAGUUGUGCGAGGCUCCUGCGAAGGUUGGACCGCAAGAGCUGGAUAAUACGCGGACGGAGUAUAUGGAGAAAAUAUUGGCUCUAAUCCAAGCAGAUGGGAAUAAGCAAGUGCUCUUAUCCCAGCAGCAAGCAGAGAGUGUGCGCUAUCUCAACGAACUCAACACGUGGCUGGAGUCGUUCGUCAACAACGGAGUGUCACAGAUUCAAGGACUUUCUACGAAUAUUGAGCAUCUAUGUAGAAACUUAGGAUGCGACCCGCUGACAAUUGACGGCCCAAACGGUCAAGAAGAUCAAACCCCAAGCUUGCUGAAUGACAUCCGGCAGCUCGUGUUCGGUAUGAAAGCGAGAGACCAGAAUUUUGCUGCCCUGCAAGCCGCAGUCCACAGUCUACUUGAAGUAUUGUCUGCAUCGCAGAACCAGAUGGGGGCUGAUUCGAGAGCAAUUGCUGGCAUGAUCGACCAACAACGUCGGGACCAGGAAAUACUCUUCAGAACAUUUACAAAUGAAAUCUCUGGUGAAAUCAAAGGAGAAAGGUUGAGAUUUGUUGAAGCAAUGAAGGAAGCAACAGCGAUCAAUGUUCAAAGUACCAUAAGCCCUUCACUUUCUCGUUUGCGUGUUAACUCAUGA